UUCGUGCGGUGUUUGUAUCGUAAAUUAUUAAGUUGUGUUGUGCUUUCUCAUUAAUUUGAAUCAUAUUAAUUAUCACUUUCUGUCAACGGAUGUAUGCCGUCUGAUUACUUAUUCGUGUCAAUAAUAUCGAUAUAUUUGACUGUGUAUUUUAUUCAUUCCGUGGUUUUAACUAACGCCAUGCUCAAUACAAACCCAUCACAACAGGUUGGAAAUCGGUUGGAUGGGAUGAUGAUGGGAAAAUUUUAAGGUUAAAACUCUUUAGAAGUGAAGAAGAAGAAUCACACCAUCAUAUUUGGAAAAUGUAGUUAUGUUAUAAAUGCAGUCCUUGUAAAACUGGUGGACUUUUUCAUUGGUGAUAUUUGAGAGUUGUGCUUUGCUGGAUAAAGGAGAAUGAACCUUUUUGUGUGACGGAUGUAUGUACAUUCACAGAAGAAGAAGAAGAAGCAGAGAAAAAGACCCAAUAAGUUCUUGUUAAAACUAAAGGUGAAACUUGAGGACGCUUAUUCUUACAUAUUUAACGUAAAGCUGGCAGGAAUCAAAAACAAUAAAUAUAAAUACUGGAGGCAUAAAGAUAACCAUUAAUCAUAUCACCAGUCAGUUGCUCAGUCUGCCCGUGCCUAUGAAUAAAGUGGUUUAAUUUUAAAAUGCAUUCUUGUGAUGAAAGUACUUAAAACAAUAGAAAAUCUUUUUAGUGUUAUUUCACUCUUUGUUUGGGAUUAGUAAUUUGGUGAAUUAAGAAAAAAAAAUAAGUGGGUGUGAAAGAUGGGGUCAGCAAUUUCAAAAUUACGGAGGGUAUUAUGCUUCUUGGGGGCAGGGAGUCAAACUCAAUCUGCAUGUCAAGGAUGCUCGGAAGACUCGCAUUUUCUCAAUAUUCCAGUAGAGAUACGUGAGACAAUUUUGACUCAGCUUCGUCCAAGAGACAGACAAAUGCUGAGACUAGUAUGUCGGCAAUUAAGUAAUGAAAUUGACCAAUUCAUUGGACCUGUGAAUUGCAUAAAUGUGAGUGACGGUCAUGCCAAAAAAUACCUCACCUUCUUCUCAAAAUGUUAUAUUCCUUGCAUUACCAUUGCUGGUUUAUCCACGUCGUUAACCUUGACAUCAGUUGUGAUGAACCCGGCGCGUCUGAAAUCUUUUACCGUUGCACCGAAAGGGAUUGCAAGCACAGAAUUUGUCUACAACACCAUGAAGAAUGGUUCGAGUUUGACCAACCUGAAUAUUAGUGGGAAGCUAAAAGGACUCAUCACCCCAAUUAAUCCCAUACACUUACCCAAAUUGAAGUCGUUCACGUUGAACUCAAACAAUUUUCAUCUGCACAUCACCUUCUUGUGGGAAACGCAUAUCAAUGCUUUUGUAAAUGUAUUGAAUGGACGAGGAUUCGACCACGACAUGGUCAUGGCAUUUUGGCACAAUCAAAUCGCAAUUUUACGGAUGGUGCAAGCUCCCAAAUUGGAGGAAGCCACGCUCUUUUUGCACACACUCGCCAACGUUAUGUGGGAACAAACCUCUGAAACGGAGUUGAUGGCGGAAGUUCUUGCAUUCAUGGGAAGACAUAGAGGGCUGAAAAGUAUAAAAUUAUACCAUGGUGAAAGACUGAUUGAAUCCCGACUUUUCGAGUACCACACCCCACUCAGCAUCUUCAACAAGAGUUACCGGCGAAAUAGUCCACAAUUGACACGUCCAGACACCGCUAUUCAUCCAAAUGAUCUCUCUUCCGGAAAUAUUGCUCAAUGUUUCGCUUCGAUCAAGCAAUUUGAAUAUUGUUCCAGACUACCGACUCAUUUUGAAGACGAGUCAAAUCCAGCGUCGAGUUUCGAAAAUCACGUUCUCAACCUGCUCAAAUCACUGAGAGGGUUAACUCAGAUAAAGUUCAGUGCAACAAAAGGUCGCCCAAUUUCUUGGACCCACUUUGAACAAAUUAUUUCCUCCAAUUCCGAGUCCCUUGUACAUUUUGAAAUUGUGGGAAAAUUACAAGGACCCAUAAACUUUGGAGUAUUGUCCCACUGCGAAUCUCUCAAAGUGAUCAUGAUCAAUAACAAACAGCGGUACCGGCAUGCCAGCCUAUCACCAGUAAUUGAGCAUUUUUCUGUGACCAUGUCAAUGGUGGACAUGUUGGAAACACUCAUACUGCAGAACAUAGGACUGAAGGGAGGAGAUUUUAAAUCCCUGUUUCGACUCAGGAAACUUAAACAUCUCGGAAUUUACCGGUGGCGUUGCGGACUUGGUGAAGAAAACUUGACGCAAGAAGGAGUUAAGAGUGUCUUGGCGAUGUCUACUCUUCAAUCAUUGCUUAUUCCAUGGCCACGUGUAUUUGUCGCCGAUUUAGAUGCCGCAGUGAAUCACUUGUUAGAAUUAGAGGAAAGGUCAAGAAAGAGGCAGAAGGGGUCAAAGGGAUUUUUACACCCGAAAGACGCCAGGAAAAUGGGUGUGGCCCAAUAUCUUUGCAUUGAAGAGGAUCCAGACGAGGGAAGUACCGAGUUACCUUUAUGGCGAAGAACUGAAUGGGGAUUCCGGAUACGCGAUAAUUUUUCUUGUUGACCUGACCAUAACAAUUAAUGAAUUAAAUGUAAUAUUGGUAUACAUUGUAACAUGCAAAACGUUAUCGCACGUCGUUUUUUUAGAACGAAAGUCUUCCAUGUUUUUCGAAUCGAAUUGCUCAAAUUAUAAUAUGACUGAAGAGUUGCUCUGUUAUACUUUUUCAAACCUUACCAAUAAUUUGUUGAAUCUUUUUAUAAAGUUUUUUAACCCUGAAAUAAUAAACGGACAAAAUAUAAUUU